GUCACUUCAUCUCUGAGGAUGUCUGCAUUCUGGAUUCUUGUCUCAUCUCUGACCUUAAUAUCGCCAGCCCAAUCUGUGGAUUUUUCCGGACCAUCUUUUAUCUCAGUGAAAGUUGGAGAUCAUGUUACACUUAACUGCCCAUUUAUUGAGGUGAAUGGUGUACUAGAUCAUGUCUUUUGGUACAAACAAAUUUUAGGAGACGUACCGCAUAAAGUGGCAGAAAGAUUAGCAUAUAAAGAGUUUAAAAUCACCCCUGAGUUUCAAACAUCGGGAUUUAAAACGGAGACGCAUAGUAACCGCAUUUCUCUGACAAUUUCACACGUAACAAUGGAGCAUGGAGGACUUUACUACUGUGGCCAGUUUAGCUGGGAGAAUGUUACGCAGUCCAGGGGUACGUUCUUAGAAGUAACAGAUGACAGAGAUGUAAAAGUCUCCGUGUUCCAGAGCAGUGUGUUGGACUCGGUUCCUGCAGGAGCGUCAGUGACUCUGCAGUGCUCGGUUCUCUCUGAGAGCAGAGCAGCAGAACUCCAAGUGCUCUGGUUCAGAGCUGCUCCACCACAAUCCCAUCCUCAAAUCAUUUACACUCAUCACAACAGCAGCCAUCAGUGUGAGAGCAGCUCUUCUACACACACCUGUGUCUACAACUUCUCCAAGAACAUCCUCAGCCUUAAUGAUACUGGGACUUACUACUGCGCUGUGGCCGUGUGUGGGAAGAUUGUUUUUGGGAACGGGACACGAGUACAACUGGGUGAUGAAGAUGUAAAAGUGUCAGUAUCACAGAGCAGUGUGUUGGACUCGGUUCCUGCAGGAGCGUCAGUGACUCUGCAGUGCUCGGUUCUCUCUGAGAGCAGAGCAGCAGAACUCCAAGUGCUCUGGUUCAGAGCUGCUCCACCACAAUCCCAUCCUCAAAUCAUUUACACUCAUCACAACAGCAGCCAUCAGUGUGAGAGCGGCUCUUCUACACACACCUGUGUCUACAACUUCUCCAAGAACAUCCUCAGCCUCAAUGAUACUGGGACUUACUACUGCGCUGUGGCCGCGUGUGGGAAGAUCAUUUUUGGGAACGGGACACGAGUACAACUGGGUAAGAACACAUCCACUGAAAGUGUACCCAUUAAAAGAAAUAAAUAA